AUCCGCACUACAGUCAAAGCAAUGUCUCACCCUCAAGAUAUCGACCUGCCCGACUACGACUCCGCUUUUGCCGUUCAACAAGCUACAGCCGCUGGCGGCGACACUGACACUGAGAUGACUGAUGUUUCAGGCUCCUCCUCAUCCAGCCCACACAGACCUCUCAGUCCUCUCGACCCCUCAACCCCUCUCUACACCAGAAAUCCUCCGCGAAACUGCGACAUCCCUGCUGCCCAUCUGAUCGACCUGACAAAAGAGCUGACCAGAGAGGGCGGCCCCCUUCCAAUCGCCGGCCCCUACUUGGACAUCGACAUCUCUAAAACAUUGGCUCUAAUGCUCGACAGAUUCCAGAACCAAAACCAGCGCUUCUUCCGCCUCAGGUACGCCAUCAACUACCUCCACCAAGGCCUCACACCUACCUGCAAAUACCCCGGUUGCAAGUCGCGAUGCAGAAUCGUCGACCACAACCUCGAAACCCUCACUCCCAAAAUGCUCCAGCCCGAUGGCGCUGCCCACCUCCGUUACAUCGUCAGUGACAAAGAGCACGCUGUUUUCCUCAGUGUGUCUUGCAAUCACGACGACUGGAAACCCACCUUCGCAUGGUCUUCAAAGUCCGUCGGCUUCCGCGCCAAUCCCGUCACCUCGACUGUUACCUACGAGCGCUGGGCCACGCGUGAAUUCUUCUUCAGCCGCCAGCGUGACACCAACCCCUACCCAGGUAUGAUCAAUGCCCCUAUCCUUUCGCGCAAAGACAGACGCAAAACCAAAGGUUGA